AUGUUUGGUAUGGCCUUGGGUGAUGCGCUUGGAGCUCACGUCGAAUUUCGGCCGCAACAAUACUUGGUGGAACAUCCUGUGCAAGAUCUGCAGGAAGGAGGGACUUGGGGUCUCAAAAAAGGACAAUUCACAGACGACACCUCCAUGGGUCUUUGUCUAGCAAAUUCAUUGAUAGCUCGUCGCGAUUUUGUUGCUUAUGACCAGUUAGUUCGCUACAAAUGGUGGUCCAAACAUGGCUACAUGUCCUCAACUGGACAAUGUUUUGAUAUUGGUGCUGCCACCAGUCAAUCACUGCGUGAAUUCGAGCGUCGUCAACAAUCAUUUGCUACCAAACAUCAUAUUUCUCUUGAUCAAUUAGAUUCUCUUUCGAAUCCAGAUCUGCUUGCAAAAUUUGACGUGAAUUGCAGUGAAAGUGGUGCAGCUGGUAAUGGAGCACUUAUGCGACUGGCUCCCGUUCCUCUUUUCUUCUACCGGCAUCCUACUGAGGCCGUCGAGUUUUCUGGAGUUAGUGGCAUUAUUACUCACGGUGAUCAAAAGGCCUAUGAUGCUUGCCGCUAUUAUGGAGCUUUGAUCGUGGCAGCUCUUCGAGGAGAAACAAAAGCACAAUUAUUGGAUAACAACUUUUAUUUGAAUCAUAAACCAUGGUUCAAUAACAAGCCACUUACUCAAGAUGUUAUGAACGUUGCCCAAGGAUCGUAUAAGAAACCUGGUGGAUAUCGUGAUGGCAUUCGAGGCAAAGGAUACAUUAUUAAUGCUCUCGAAGCUGCUUUAUGGGCCUUUUGCUAUGAUGAAAAUUCUUUUGAAAAGGGCGUUCUCGACGCAGUCAAUCUUGGAGAUGACACUGACACAACGGCUGCUAUUUAUGGCCAAUUGGCUGGCGCUUACUAUGGUUAUGACAAACUGCCACAGAAAUGGGUCAAGCAGGUCUAUGCAAACAGUUUUAUUACGUGUCUAAGCAAGUGGAUCAUUUAUGAAGGAGAGUUGUGGCAGCCAAAGCUUCCAAUUUCUAGUGAAUCAGAAUCGAAAUAUCAAUCUUAUUCAAAUGUUCCUUCACAAACAACAACUGCAUCGACUUCGGUGUCGGACAUCAGGCCAACACAUAUACAGGGACAGACUGUUACAUUUAAAGAGUUGCCUUCUACCGUGUUAAGGGUAAGGGAGCCAAUACGUUCCUCAGCAGUACCUACAUAUAGAACCUACGCAACUAUUCCGGUAACACAAUCAAAUGCGAGUUCAAGGCCGAGAACAACAACAGCAUCGUAUGACUUUGGUGGCGUGACAGGAUCUAGCACCAGUGGUGCAUGGAACUCUGCCUAUAAUAAUACGACGCUAUCUAGCUAUGGUGGUCAGACACCAUAUAACAAUAGUCCUACGACAGGAUAUGGCUAUAGUGGUUCGACAGGAUAUCGUUCUAGUGCCACCAUAGUACCUGCGUAUGGUGGGACUGCAGGAUUACACUAUAACCAUCAUUACUCAGAUUUGGACACACGAUCUGAUACUUACCACGGACAUUCAACUUCGACCCAAAGGCCACGGAGCCAGCCUCAGUCAAUUAUACAUCAGUCAAGCUAUCACCAUGGCCCUAUAACACCAACUUAUUGGAGUUCUUAUUAUCAUCACACGUAGCGAUUUUUCUCUCUGUUGUUUCCCGCGAGAAUCAAGCACAAGAACAAUAUUAAAAAUGGACGUUCCCUAAAGUCAUUUCAUUUUGCUGUCAUAUGGAUUAAGAUAUUUUUAUGUAACACCGUUCUAUAAUUAAUAAAUAUCUUCAAAAAUAUAAUAAGCCAUGCAAAGGUCUAUGAAAAAAUAUGGAAACUCAUUGCUCAGCAGCCGAAUAUCAAAUCGAUCUGAACCUUUUUUUCCCUUUGAAAGAGCCAUGCUUGGAGAGUGAAAAAGACCAACUUAGUUAAAUUUUUUACUUUCGCUUCAUAAUGAUGAAAGCCUAGUAUAGGCCAACACUUGAAACGGCUUGGUAACCUCAUUUGUCGAUAUGUUCAGUCGCUCACUUCUUGAUUUCGUUUGUCUUAAACUGUGAAUUAAACUUCUAGACGAUUGAAGUUAUUCAAUGCUUAUCCUUCCAUCGAUUUGGAAAUUUUGUUUUGGUUGCAUUAAUAAUGAGAAAAUUCUCUCCUCUAAUGUUUCAUUCACUGGCAUGUCAGUUUAGUAAAAUUUGUGAAAUAGAAGAAAAGACAGUGAGCCCGUAAGAGUUCUGAAAAGUAAAUGGAAAUUUUUCCAACUCCAUGCUUUAGAUGCCGGUUUUUAGCUCUAUUUAGGGAUUUAUAUCGCCGUGUCACGUAUGCAUUGAAGUGGCAUUAGUUGCCAAAUAAUGUUAUCGAGUAACUACAACGUUGUUUUUAAGUUCAGCACAACGAAUAUUAUCAGAAGUGGGUGUGGAUGUUGGUGAGCUCGAACGAAAGGCAAAAAUAAUGUCCACAUCCACCCAAGUCAUCUGACAAAAACUAGAACAGUCAAAACAUAAGAGAGAGAAAAGCAAAGUAAGAUGAAAAUUGAAUUGAUAAUGUUUGGUCUCAAUGAAUUCAUAUUUUCACUCUUAAAUGUUGUAUUAUAUUUAUCGUCUACCAAUACGGUAAUCAUAGUCAAAGGGUAAAUUGUCCGUUGAACGAGACAUUUGUGUCGACUAUCUGUGUGAAAAUUAACUUUCUGACUUUUUUUAAUUUUUAAUUUUUGCAUCUCUUCCUCCUACCCCAAAAUAUUUCUUAUUCAAGUAAUAAUGACAAGCAGGCAUUAACCUUGAAAUACAUGAAA